AUGGAAGAAGUGUCGCACGGUGCUCAACAGUUCUUACAAGUAGUUUCUUUUCGAUGGUCCAAUAAAGACGGCAAAUGUGUUUCGCAAUUUCCCGAUUUUGGAGGAAAAUUAUAUGACAAUUACGACAACGAUGAAUAUCAACACCCUGUUGUGUUGCAAGAAAUUGAAGAAAAAAAUAGGAUAUGGUACCCACAAGCUUUGAAUUCGCUUAUUGUGAAUCGUGAGCAGCAGCGACUAUUGCGCAUAAGCAGGACUAAGUCUGCUGAUAGUUCACCCAUCGGUCUCUUCUCAUUUCGUGUGGAUUGUAUGGAAGAAGUGUCGUACGGUGCUCAACACUUCUUGCAAGUAGUUUCUUUUCGAUAUUUCAAUGAAGACGGCGAGUUUCUUUCUCAAUUUCCCAAUUUUGGAGGCAAGCCGUUCUCCAAAUGCGACAACGGUGACUAUCAACAGCUGCUGAUAUGGUGCUAUGUUGCAUACUAA